ACAAAAAAUAUUUUUCUAUCAAUGAGGCGCACAAAUGGCGACUUGCAUUGCAACGCAACCUUCUCCAGUCUUAUGAUCUCCCCGGUUCCUCGAAUAAUGAGCAAUGUGCAACGCCUAGCUAAGUUCCUAUUCCCGACCACCCAGUUAUUCCGCUCGAGACAACAACAAUGGCGACAUUCUGCAAGGUACGGAAAAGAGAUGAUGGUAUCUACGUCCUGACGCUGGCCAGCAGCGACGGCCACCACUAUCUGACCACCGAAGCCAUCACCCAGCUCAAGCAAGCCCUCGAGAGAAUCCGCAGCACCAAGGCGAGAGGCCUGGUGACGACCACCACGUCGGGCUCCUUCUGCGACGGCAUCAACGCCGUGUCGGAUGACGACGACGACGAGCCGCUUUCUUCGUUGGAGCGUGGCAUGGCCGAGGUGGUGCGCCUGCUGCUGGACCUGCCGAUGCCGACCGCCGCCGCCGUCCGCGGCGACGCCAGGUGGCUGGGCUUCGUCCUGGCGCUGGCGCACGACCACCUGUUCGUGCAUACGGAGGCCGUGCUGGGAUUGGCCGCCGCUGCCGACACGACGGCCAAGCCCCGACGGCGCCCGCUGCCGGACUACGUCGUGGCGCUCCUCCGGGAGAAGAUACCGUACGCGCAGCUGCGGAAGCUGCUCUUGCUCAAGGCGCACGUGUUCACCGGCGAGGAGCUCAAGGGGAACUGGCACUCGGUGCACGAGGCGAUCCCCAAUCGGGAUCAUGUGGUUGCUGUUGCUGUGCAGAACCUCCAAAGCGUGGUUGUGGGAGACGGGAUGGACUACGCCAAGGUGAGGCGGACCAUGUACACCAACAGCUGCGUGGCUGUUGCGGUGACGACGACGACGACGACCAUGCUGCCUUUCGAUGGAUCAUCCAGCAGCGUAGCCAACGGUGUGACGAUAAGCAGUGAAAUGACGCCUUCGGGGGAAUCCUUCAACUCAAGCUAUAAUUCAAGUACUACACCAGUGGAUAUAAGUCUAGCUGCCAUAGAAGCCUGUACCGAUGGAUUUUCGGAAUCAAAAAAAGUUGGGAGUGGUGCGUAUGGAAAGGUUUACAAGGGAGUUUACAACGAGGAGGAACUUGCAUUCAAGAAGAUUGAUGGCUUGGCCGUGCUUAACGAGGAUCAAUUCAAGAAUGAACUUAAACACCUAAUGAGUGUCCAGCAUAGAAAUAUCGUUCGGUUUGUUGGUUACUGUUCUCAAAUAAAAGAAAAAUUCAUCUGGCGAGGAAAGGAAUACGUUAGUGUUCAAUAUAUAACAAGAAUUCUGUGCUUUGAGUAUUUGCCAGGUGGAAGCCUUGACAAGCAUCUGGAUAAAGAAUCUGAAUCUGAUGGAUUUGACUGGCGCACACGAUACAAUAUAAUCAAGGUGAUUUCCCAAGGAUUAAAUUACCUCCAUGAAUUGGAAAAACCUAUUUUCCACUUAGACCUGAAACCUGCCAAUGUAUUGCUUGAUGAGAACAUGGAGCCAAAAAUUGCAGACUUUGGGAUAUCAAAGCAUUUCACUGGAACUAAAACUCACAUAACAAUAUCAAAACCUACAGGCACACCUCGUUACAUGCCGCCUGAGUAUUUGAAUAAACUCGUGAUCUCAAAUAAGUAUGAUGUAUUCAGUUUUGGAGUUAUGGUCAUGGAAAUCAUUGCUGGGCCUACUGGUUAUGACAACUUCAGUGAAGCGAAUGAUCAAGACAGUUUUAAAUAUAUUGAUCGUGUGUAUAAGCAAUGGGAAAAGAGGAUAACAGCAAAGUCGCACGAUCCAUCUGCAGAAAUAAAUCAAGUGAAAAGAUGCAUCAAUAUUGCGGUGAAGUGUUUAAAUCAGAACAGAGAUGAUAGGCCCGAAAUAAAGGCUAUCGUGGGCGAACUAAAUUAAGCUGAAAGUGUGCUUCCUACCUAUAAUUGACACAUCAAUCGAGCCAGAAGAAAUCGGCGCAUGCACCGCCUCCCAUAUAUAGAAGUUGUGUGUUCAACUAGAGAUACUCGUUAUGUAUUUGAUGAGAGUUGUUGUAACAUUUUAAACUAAAAGAAUUUAUUUUUUCUCUUGUAUGAAUUGUUUUAUAAUCCAUUUGUUUUUUUGAAGAA